AUGGGUGAUGCAAUUGGUAGAGCCAUAAAAGUUGAUGAUACUACUCUUAAAAGAGAAGUGGGUUACUAUGCCAAUGUUUUGGUUGAGGUGGAUUUAGCAAGAUCUGUUCCUCAUCAAGUUGUUGUUAAUUCUAAAUAUGGCAGUUUUGAACAAGAGGUACAGAUCCCUAAGUUACCUAAAUUUUGCAGUCAUUGUAAGGUAGUGGGUCACUUGGUUACUGAAUGUAGAGUUAUGAGAAAGGAAUCAGCACAAAAAGUUGAAGAAAAUGAUACUUAUUAUGCUAUUCCCAAAAAGGUUUGGAAGAUUAAAGAAAGAACAGUACCUCAGCCUAUUGGUAAAUUUCGUAUUCUGCAAAACUUGAUGAAUGAUGAUUUUCCUCCUAUUAGUGUGAACAAACUAUUGGAUGUUGCAUCAAGUAGCUCCUAUGUUGUUAAUUAUGUUAUUGUGGAAAAUAAAAAUGAGUUGGCUGUAAAAGAAGUAGUUAAGAAGAUUAUAAAGCCUAAACCUAUUAGUUUGAUUAGUACAAGGAAACAGAAUGCUGCUAUGAAUUUAGUGAAAGAGAAAAAAGGAACGAGAAGUCCUGUAUCUUCUCAAUCCACUAUUUCCAAAUGA